AUGUGGAGAAGAUCAGCUUCGUUUAUCCUCGACGAGCGACGAAGCUCGAAUUCACCUCCAAUGGCGGACACCACGCGAGGAGGCCCAUUUCAAAACCCCGACGCCAUCUCCGCCUACUACCAGACCCGCGCGGCGCAUCACGGCGUCAUCACAAGUGACUGGCUAGCCCAAGCUCAGGCUGCCGUCGGCGGCGUCUCAGGCGAGGAGCAGACCGUCUCACCCGCCGCUGAGUCAGGCGCGGAUAAGACGUUUAACGUAAUCGAGGAGUUCAACGGCUGGAGAAAGCAGCCGGAUCUGGCGGAGGCCGUCGCUGCUAUCCGAGCUCUAGCUGCGGUUAUUCGCGCCAGCGAAGCUACCACAAUGAUGGAGCUCGAAAUUGAGCUCAAAAAAGCUUCCGAUACACUCAAGUCGUGGGACAAAACGUCGAUCUCCUUGACCGCUGGAUGCGAUCUGUUCAUCAGAUACGUUACGAGAACGUCUGCUUUGGAAUACGAAGAUUUCAAUUCAGCCAAGUCUCGUCUCCUUGAACGUGCUGAGAAAUUUGGGGAGAUUUCUUGCAAGGCUCGUAAGAUUAUAGCAAUGCUUAGUCAAGAUUUUAUAUUCGACGGUUGUACAAUAUUGGUUCAUGGACUCUCUAGAGUUGUUCUUGAAAUUCUAAAGACUGCUGCACAGAACAACAAGCUCUUCCGAGUUCUCUGCACAGAGGGAAGGCCAGAUGGAACAGGAGUGUUGUUAGCGAACGAGCUAUCGAAGCUUGACAUCCCGGUGAAGCUGCUGCUUGAUUCGGCUGUGGCGUAUAGCAUGGACGAAGUGGACAUGGUGUUCGUCGGAGCUGAUGGAGUUGUGGAAAGUGGCGGUGUAAUCAACAUGAUGGGAACGUACCAGAUCGCACUCGUCGCACACAGCAUGAACAAACCUGUCUAUGUCGCAGCCGAGAGUUACAAGUUUGCUAGGCUUUACCCGUUAGACCAGAAGGACAUGGCACCGGCGCUGAGACCGAUCGAGUUUGGUAUAAAGAUUGCGGCGAAAGUGGAGGUGGAGAGGUCGGCUCGAGACUAUACACCGCCUCAGUACCUAACGCUGCUCUUCACGGAUCUUGGUGUUCUCUCUCCCUCUGUAGUUAGCGAUGAGCUUAUUCAACUCUAUCUAUAA